AUGACAAACAAUGCAAUCACUGAGGGAAGCUGCGUUUACUACAUAUUGAAAGUUCUGUACUAUCUUUUUGUGGCAUUUCUGGAGCUGGUCGGCCUGUCUGUCGACGAGGAGACAAGGAAUACGAUAAAGAACCACGUAAAGCUCAUUAUUGACAAGAUUGGUGAAGAAGACCUAAAUUCUCUCGAGCAGUCGUUGGCAGCAGUGCCGACCAGCAGUGCCACAGAUUGUCUCUUUGCGGUUUGGCGAUUGUGCUCAGAAUUUGCAGGGGCUUUUGUUUGGCCGGUUUUGAAUAUUGUGAUCCACGAGUUCUGGCACAAACUUCCAUGGUGGCAGUGGGUGGAGACUGCUGUGGUUGCGAUCGCACAGAUGCUUCUAUGGUUUGCAGGGCCGACUGGCGUAUUCGCUAUGUCACUAGCAGCAGCCAGGGAUGUAACAAGCCUGGUUGAAGCUAUUGAAGGCCUCCAGGCUUGUCGGCCGACAGUGCACUCGAUGUCUAAUUGGAUGGCUCAGUUAGCUCAACGGUUCCUGCCCCGCUGA